AUGAGCCUCCAGCUCUCAGAUGACACCAGAAGAAGAGGACAAGAUCUCCAGAUGGCUUCUCUCACAGUCAGCUCGCAUCAGAACCGCUCGAUGCCCAGACAGUCCACCUUCACCAUCGACAGCAUCCUGGGACUCGACAGACCGGACCAGAGAACCGUGCUGUCAGCACCUUACCGACCGUGGACAGACGUGAAGCCAGCAUGCCAGAACCGUCGCGUGGUCGCAGACAGUGAUGCUCCAGUGGAUGUGAGGGCGAAUGAAGAUGGUCAAUCUUACAGUAAAUCCCCAGCAGACUCGUACAGGAGAACACUGAACUGGUACAUCGGGCGCAGGACGCGAACGGCUUUCUCUAGUGUUCAGAUCAAGAUAUUGGAGAGUGUGUUUCAAGUGAACUCGUACCCAGGCAUUGAUAUACGUGAAGAACUUGCUGAGAAACUGCAUCUAGAUGAGGACAGAAUUCAGAUUUGGUUCCAGAACAGAAGAGCGAAGCUGAAGCGUUCACACAGAGAAUCUCAGUUUCUCAUGGUGAAAAACGUCCUCAGUGAUUUACAAACCAGCAGAGAAGAACGCUGAUUGUC